UUGGCGUUGGGAUCGCUGUUAAGCAGUGAUUAUAAACGGAAGCGAAAAAAUCAGCGCUCAAUUAGCAGUUUGCAUACAUUUUCGGAUAGCAGUGGAACAUCUGUGACAACAUCUUCGGGCUGCUCGCUGCAGUCAACAUUGAUCAGGCCGGCUCCUUUGACCGAUUGCAGUCCGAGCCUGUUUCACUCGCAACUUAUGAUCAGUGAUUUUCGACCAACAAUUGACCAGCGGCCUACGAAACCCGCCAGCAACGUGGUUGCUGCGCAAAGGGCAGUUGUUAAGCCGUCAGCAAAUGAGCAUAUUAUCACCACCCAUAUCCAGAAUUAUGGUGGAGUAGUGCAUCAAACGCAGAAAAUGCCGAAAAAGACAGCAAGCAGUGCACACAAUGCAGUACCGACUCGGAGCAAUAGACAUGGAUUAUCACAGAAAAUGAAUCAAAGAAACAACACUGCGCCUCAGGUUGUAACAGAUGGUAAUUCGUCAGAAAUCGUUGAUAUUGAAACACUGGAGAAUUUGCGAUGUGAAUGGAAAGGAUGCAAAAGGAAAUUUACCAGUCAGAAGGCACUCGUGGAUCAUGUAUUUAGCGCACAUAUUCAGUGGACGAAACAAGUGGCCUGUCUCGCUCUCUACUUAGUCCAUCUAUCAAAUUCAAUAACUGAGCAUAAUGUAUCAAUAUGUGGUAUCGGAGAAGCAACAAAAGCAGCUCGAACAGCUUCUGAAGGGAUGGGACACAUCGAACAGACAGUGCUUUACUGA